GCUGCCGUGGGCGUUCGAUUCAUCAACAUCCCCGGCGAGCCGAGCGAUCGAGCAGCCAUGCGCUUGACUUCACUGGUUGGCCGGGCUUGGCGGCUAUUUGGUCCGUAGCGAGCCUCGCCGUGAACGUGCCCCGGCGGCUGGAGCCUUUGCUGCAACGACGACCAUCUCUGCUUUGAUCUCCGAUAUUAUUCGUUCUUCAUAAUAGGGAAGAACAGAGCACACGAAUGGAACACUGAACUCCAUCUGAUAGUUGGUUCAGACAAGGAACCCCAUUUGAUCUGGGGUGGAGAGAGAGGAGAAGAAGCCUCGGCGGGGACGGCUGCGCGAGGCUGCGAGCGCUCGAUUUCAUCUGCGGCGGCAGGCGGCGCGAGGAAGAAGAAGAUAGGGAUCGGGAGGAUGACAUGCGGAGCCAUGAGUUAAGGGCAAAAACACAAUCUACCUUCAAAAUCCUCUUUUUCUAGAGUAGGUGACAUCCUGCAUGCCAAACACCCCAUCCAGCCAGCUUCAGCUCCAUCCAGAGCUCCAAAUAGCUCUAGGUGGAGUGGAGCUGCUUGUAGAGUUGAGCCCUGCAAAAUAGACCUAGCUCACUCCGUGAUACAAAAGUACAAAACGCAUGGAAACUGCAAAAACUUCUGUGAAUUGAUUUUUUUUGCCAUGUUCAGGUCAAAGUAAGCUCACAUUGCCAGUCCAGUCUGUGCAAAAUUGCCAAUCAGUUCGUCGAAAUUUUUUUUGCCAACCAUGCCGUGGUCCGUGGCAGCAGGGUUUUUGUAAAGGAAACUGAGAAAUGGUAGUCGCGAAACGCACACUUCGACGUUUGACCUCCACAGCCAACAGCCCAGCCGGCAAUACAAAACGCAAGCUGCACUGCGCACCCUGCAUUUUCUUCGUUCCUCCAUUCCCCGUCCCCUAAGCAAGAAAGCGUCCUGACUCGCAUCGGCUUCCCACCUCGUGUCCCAAGAUCAUGAAGCCCCAUAAGAGCAACCCUUGUUCUCCAAAGCGCUCGGCCGCCAUUGUCACGCCUGUCGUCGUUCUGCUGGUCCUCGCGCUUGUCUCGGUCUACGACAUGACCUUCUCUAAUCGUUACCCGCACAUCGACCGCGUCCCGGCGUCCUCCUCGUCGUCGUCGCUGCCGUCUCCGGCCAACUACUCAUCUUCGGCGCCUCCGGCCACCACCACGGAGUCCUGCGACCUGACACGGGGCCAAUGGGUGCCUGACGACGAGGCGCGGCACUACACGAACCUGACGUGCCCGUUCAUCGACGACCUCCAGAACUGCAUGAAGUUCGGCAAGCCGAGCCUCGAGUUCAUGCGGUGGCGGUGGAGGCCGGACGGGUGCGACCUCCCCCGCUUCGACGCGGCGCGGUUCUUGGAGGCCAUGAGGGGCAAGUCCAUGGCCUUCGUCGGGGAUUCCCUCGCCAGGAACCAUCUGAAAUCCCUGCUCUGCCUCUUGUCCAAGGAGGCGCAGCCGGUGGAGGUCCGGACGUCGCCCGAGAUCGACGUGACGGGGAGGGCCGUCCGGCGAGACUACCACUACAGCAACCACGGCUUCACCAUCUCCCUCUUCUGGUCGCCGUUUCUCGUCAAGGCCAACCUAUCGAACGCGACGCUCGGCCAGUGGGACCUCCACCUCGACACGGCGGACAGCCGGUGGGCGGCGCACAUCGCCGACUUCGACUACAUCGUGCUGUCCGGCACAAACUGGUUCCUCCGCCCGUCAGUGUACCGCGAGGGCGGUCGCGCCGUCGCGCACAACGGCGCUGCCGCCACCGCCGGGAACCUGACCAAGCUGCCCGUGCCCCGCGCCGUGCGCGCCGCGUUCCGCACGGCGCUGGGCGCCAUCGCGGCGCGCGAGGGGUUCCGCGGCAAGGCGGUCCUCCGGACGGUGACGCCCGCGCACUUCGAGAAUGGGGAGUGGAACACCGGCGGCGACUGCGUCCGGACGCGCCCGUUCCGGCGCGGCGCGCGCGCCCUGGGCGCCGUCGAGGCCGAGUACCGCGGCGCGCAGGUCGACGCGCUCAGGGAAACAACGGAGGCGGCGGCGCGGCGGAACGGCGCGGAACUGCUGCUGCUGGACAUCACGGAGGCGAUGCACCUGCGGCCGGACGGGCACCCGAGCCGGUACGGGCACCCGCCGGGCAGCAGCGUGGAGGGGAGCUUCGUGGUGGACUGCCUGCACUGGUGCUUGCCCGGGCCGAUCGACCUGUGGAGCGAGCUGCUGCUCCAGCUGCUGAUUGCCCAUCCAUCAUAAGCAUUGAUCUCGGCAGUGCCGAGUGCACCGAGCGAAGAGAAACUUCGAUCGGAUCUGUAAAGAGAUGACGGAUGCCUGUUUGU